AUGAAUAAUACUUUUGAACAUGCUCACUCCAAUCCUUCGUCCAAUACAAUUUUUAUAUUUUGGACACAUACUCAAAGUGAAAUGCACGUACGCAACAGCAAUUCUGGCAACUGGACACCGAAUCACUUUGUACCAUUAUUACUCCCAUCAGAUGAUGAUGCUUUUCAAAUCAACCCCUCGGAACAAGAACCCGUUUAUUUGGCUACUACGCCCACUAAAUCAACAGCGAAGAAUAAUACUGUAACUCAAGUUCGUAUUCCACAAUUCAGUCCAGAAUACGACGAAAGGCAGCCAGUUCACUCAGCCUCAACGACUCCUCGGACCAAACGUAGACAAUAUACAACAGAAAGCAACACCAAUGCCGAAACAGCAAAUCUAGACAAUCAGCCGAUGCUAGUCCGUCAAAGUAUGGCAGUCGGGCGAGCAGAAGCUGCACUAGAAAAGGUCCAGCAACAGCGAAUACUUGCUCGGGAAAGAAGUGCUGCUAGACGGGCUUCCUUAACAUCGGAACAAGUUGAACAACAGCGCACACUUGCUCGGGAAAGAAGUGCAGCUAGAAGAGCUUCCUCAACAUCGGAACAAGUUGAACAACAGCGCACACAUGCUCGGGAAAGAAGUGCAGCUAGUCGGGCUGCCUUUACACCGGAAGAACUUGAUCAUCGACGAGCACUUGUUCGUGAGAAAACUGCGACUUGGCGAGCUACGCUUACAUCAGAACAAGUCGAACACCAACGCGCACUUGCUGUUGAAAGAAGUGCAGCUAGUCGGGCUGCCUUUACACCGGAAGAACUUGAUCAUCGACGCACACUUGUUCAUGAGAAAACUGCGGCUUGGCGAGCUACGUUUACAUCGGAACAAGUUGAACAACAGCGCACACAUGCUCGGGAAAGAAGUGCAGCUAGUCGGGCUGCCUUCACACCGGAAGAACUUGAUCAGCGACAAGCGCUUGUUCGUGAGAAAACUGCGGCUUGGCGAGCUACGCUUACAUCGCAAGAGAUCGAACAUCAACGUGCACUUGCUGUUGAAAGAAGUAUGCAUAAACGAGCUGUUGUGUCACCAAAAGAAGCUGAAAACCAGAGAAUACUGGCGCGCCAAAGAAGUGCAAUUCAGCGAGCUAAGCUUACACAAAACCAAGUGGAGGAACAACGAGUAUUGGCUAGGGAAAGAAGCCGUCUUCAGAAAGCAAACAAGAAGAAACAAACAAUGACAACAAAAAUACUUGAAGAAGCCCAAGUCGAAUGGCCGAAACCUGCCGAUAUGGAAUGCAAGAUUAGCUGCUUGAAAAAAUUCAUUCAACAAAUGUCUAUGAGCUGUUUAGCAGAAGGUACAUGUGGUAUAUGUAAUAUUCGUUGUUAUAAGCGUGAUAUGCGUCGUGUUCCUCUAAAUAAAAUCCCAGCGCUUGAAUUACUUAAGGUACAUGAUGAUUUUUGCAGCAUCAUUCCUGAUAUACAGCAAAAGAAAAACUUGCAUUCAGUUGAAAAGCACAAUAUGGAUGAUGAUCUUCAUUUGCCGAUAGUUCAAGAUGGAAGAGAAGCAGAUAUGGAUAUGCAACAUUCAAUGAAUCAAUCAUCAUUCACUUAUAUAAACGAUGUAGUUUUUUAUAAACGAGGAUUACAUUACAGUUUGGAUAGAAAGAAAUGUUCUUUAAUACAAUGUGACAUUUGUAUCGAAUGUUGGUCUUCUUUAACAAAAGAAAAAAUACCAAAGUUCUCCGUAGCUAACAAGGUAUGGAUGGGAGAUAUACCAAAAGAACUACAAGGACUGACCAUUCCUGAGCAAAGGCUCAUUGCUAUUUAUCGACACAACAGUUGCAUUGUUAAAUUGCAUUCAUCUUUCCACUCAACGGCCACAGCGCAAUCAGCUAUAAAAGGCAACUGCAUAAGUUUUCCUCAAAAUGUUGUUAAUAUUGCUGCUACCUUGCCACUAGAAUUAGAUGAAAUAUGUGACUCUCUAAAGAUCAUUUUUGUGGGAUGUCGUAUUCCAGAACGAAACCAACUAAAAACUGUUUUGACUGUUCGAAAAAAAAAAGUUUCCGAAGCACUUCGAUGGCUCAGACAAAAUAAUCCACUUUAUAGAAAUAUAAUAAUUAAUCAAUCAGUAAUCGAUAAAUUACCUGAUGAUGACGUGCCAGAAUGUUUAUGGGCAACAAUGCAAGUUUCUACCAAUAUCGAGGCUGCUGAAAACGAGAGAGCAAGUUAUGUUCCUGAUCCUUGCGUGAAUGCAUUUGAAUCGAACAGUACAGCAACUGUACCACUGGUACCAAGUGCUGUUUUAGACGUUAAUGGUACUAAUAUUUCGUCUGAUGACGUCGCUGAGCACCUCCUAGAACGUUUAAAUAUGCAAGUGGUUGAUGAAACACUAAACACAGGUCUCGACAAACAAGCUCAAGAAAAUAUUGUGUACAUGAUUCCUCGUGGUGACAAACCAGCAAAUGAAUAUUCUAAUCCAAAUCUUUUAUUAGGCGUCUUUCCCACGCUUUUUCCAUAUGGGUGCGGUGCACUUGAAGAUUUUUCUCGACCAGUCAAAAUUGAUCUUCGAGAACAUCUUCGAUAUCUGCUUUCGUUUGGAGAUCGCCGUUUUGAAGAACACUACUCAUUUAUAUUCGUCGUCUUCAAUAUUUUACAACGUCGUACUGCAUGCUUCCAUGCUCAUCUGAUGACAACAAGGCCAGAAUUUCAAAAAUCUGCGCAGCUUCUAGAAUCUUUGACUUCCGCAGAUAUAGCAACAGCUCUUAUGAAUAUCUCAAAGGGAGUGCAUUCACAUGUUGUCGACCAAAGAAUAAGUACACUUAUGAAACAUAUCAAAGCUGUUGGUGGUCAUGUUAUGGGGUCAGCUCAUUCGCGCUCCACUCUUCGUACCAAAAUUCAUUCUCUGUGUUUUUAUAUUGGUUUACCUAGCAUUUUUUUAACGAUCAAUCUAGCUGAUAUACAUAGUCCUGUGGCACUGUAUUUUGCAGGUGUAAAUCUAGAUCUUGAUAAAAUUUUGCCAGAAGCGCUAGGCACAAGUUAUGAUCGUGCAAAAAUUGUCGCAACACAUCCGGUUGCCACUGCAAAAUUCUUUAAUUGUUUGAUAAAAAAUAUAUUGAAAUAUUUAAUCCUUGGAGGAGUACUUGGUCCUACAAAAGCAUAUUUUGGAACUGUGGAGAACCAAGGCAGAGGAUCGCUCCAUAUACACCUACUUAUCUGGCUAAAUCAUGAAUUCACUCCAGCACACUUGAAAGAACAAAUUCAAAACGAAGAUUUUCGUGAAAAAUUAUUAAAGUACUUAGAAGAUAUUGUAAAAGAAGAUUUAGAUCAAUUUCGAGAUGAAGAUGAAGAUGGAACAAGUGCAGCCAGUGAUAAUAGACCAUCAUUUCAAGAAACUGAAGCGGUAGUCAAAGAAGUUAUGCCAGCCUGUUUACCAACACCAAAUCCUGCCCAUGAUGACUUUCAACAGAUCUUUCGCAAGGAUGUUAUACGACUCGUUGAAACAUCCAAUAUUCAUAGACAUUCUGCAACGUGCUAUAAAUAUUCAAAAGCAAAGUCAGAUGACAAGAAAACUUGUCGCAUGCGUAUGCCACGUGCUCUUGUUGAAAAAUCAAACAUUGAUGUCUCUACCGGUCAGAUAACUAUGCGUCGAUCACAUCCGUGGAUCAAUAACUUCAAUGAAUGGCUAAUAAGUGCUUGCCGAUCCAAUAUGGAUAUUAAAUUCAUAUGGACUGGUAAUGAUGCUAAAGCUCUAGUGUAUUAUAUAACUGAUUACGUAACAAAAUCAAGUCUAGCUUUCUAUGAUAUGUUUGCUCUUGCACAGCAAGGUAUCAAAUCCAUCGAGCAGCAUGGAUCCACGAACGGGUUUGACAAUGCUGUUGAAAAAUCUCGUAAACUUGUGCUAAGAUGCUACAAUAUGAUUGCGUCACAUCAAGAAAUAUCUGGCGUUCAAGUAGCAUCGUAUCUAAUGAACUAUGGUGAUCAUUAUACUACACAUACAUUUAGAAAUCUUUUUCUUAUAUCAAUCGAAAGCUAUCUACAAAAAGAACUAGUCAAAUCACGUGUAAAUAAAAAACAUAUUGAAGAAGAGGAAACCGAUGUUAUGCCGAACCCAUUCGAUGAGAACCAGGAAGGAGAUAUAAAAGAAGAUGAAGAACAAUUUCUUUUGGAGCCAGCACAUACGACAAAUGGUAAUAGGUAUGUUAUGGUGAACACUCGUCUUGAUUAUCAGCAUCGAUCGAAAGAUUUAAAUGAAUUAUGCCUGUACGAUUUUGUAAGUCAUUUUCACAAGAAGAUAAUCGAUAAAUCAGACCGUCGUUUACUGAACAAUAUGAAUGGGUGCGAAGGUGAACGACUGUGUACAAAAGGAACAAAGAUGAACGAGCGACACACAUUUGCAAGUGCACAUCCACAAUCAUCAUCACAUAUUAUUAUUAAGCAUACUACACCAGUUGUACCAGUUCUUCUUGGCCCUCAAAUACCACGUCGAGAACGAGAAGAAACAAGCGAACGUUAUUCUCGUGCGAUAUUAACACUAUUUGUACCAUGGAGAUCAGUACAAGAUCUUUGUGAAUUGCAUCAGACAUGGUCUCAGGCGCUGGAAGUUCGAAAACUAUCAAUCUCAGACAAUGCAGUCAAAACUAUCGAAAAUAUCCAAAUCUUGCAUGAAUGCAAAAAUGACCGAGACGAACAUUUACAUCAAAUUAUUGCAGAAGCACAAGAUAAUACUAAGAAUGAUUCCAUUCUUAUUCCAAACUAUUAUGAAGGCGAUGAAAAUAAUCUGGAAGAUGAUUCAGAAGAACUUUUGCAAAUGCUGUCGUUGUUUCAUUUAGAUUACAAGAAUACAUGGAACACAAAUAGCUACCGCUUCGAAGACGAUUUCAACACAUUUACAGUAACGCAUUCACAUCAUGCAGCUAUGAUGAAAGAAUGGAAACAUGACAUUGAGAUUAGAAAAGAUCAAGCAAGAAACUUUUUGAUUUCAGGCGAGUACACUUUGGAAGUACGAGAAGAUAAUAUGCAAGUGGAAGUAAUAACUUCUGAAAUACCUACGAGUCCAUUCAAAGCACCAACUGUCGUCGUGCCACCUGUGACUUCAACUAUAGCAGUUUCAUUUCCAACUAAAUUAGACAUCAUUAAGAAAUUCACGCUAAACGAUGAGCAAAAAUUUGCUUUUAUGAUUAUUGCUAGUCAUCUUGAUGGUGAUAACCAAGUUCACCCUGGCAUUAUCGAUAACCAAUUGUUGAUGUGCGUACCUGGCUGUGGUGGUACUGGAAAAUCUCAAUUGAUUCGUACAAUCACUGAUUACUUCCAAGUAACAAACAGGAGCAAAAUGCUACGUAAACUGGCACCAACAUCUAUAGCAGCAGCAGAGAUUGAUGGGCUGACAAUACAUUCAUUCUUAGGUGAAAGUCGUAAAUAUUCAAAAAAGAGACAAACAAGAACAUUUAGACCUGGUGAUGCAAAGCUGGAAAACGAAUGGCGCCAUGUGAAGUACUUAAUAAUCGAUGAGAUGAGUAUGGUUGGACUUAGUUUGUUAGGUCGACUUAACCGAAUAGUGAAAACAGCAAAGCAUAUUAAUACAGAUGUUCCUUUUGGCGGUGUAAAUGUCAUUUUUUUGGUGACUAUCUACAAUAUUCUCCAGUGUUGGAUAAGCCUCUUUACCAUAACUGUACAUUGUUACAACAAAAUACAGAACGUCAAAUAGAAAUGCAAUGUGCACAGAAGGUUAUAUCGCAAAUUAAUUGUGCUGUUAAAUUGAACAAG